CACACCGCUUUCCGACUUGAAAACUAGAAAAGUGCAACUCUCGUGAGAUUUCGCGUCAGUGAAACCGGCAAAAAGAAGUAAAGCAUCCCUCUUCAACAAGAUGUCAGGGCUGUUAGGGUUCGAGUUCCUGGACGAUGUCCGGCGGAUGAAUAAGAGACAGCUGUAUUACCAGUUGUUGAACUUUGGAAUGAUUGUGUCGUCGGCUCUGAUGAUCUGGAAAGGUUUGAUGGUUGUCACCGGCAGUGAGAGUCCUAUAGUAGUGGUGCUCAGUGGGAGUAUGGAGCCAGCAUUCCACAGAGGGGACCUAUUGUUCCUAACAAACUACCAGGAGGAGCCGAUCCGUGUCGGAGAAAUUGUUGUGUUUAAGGUGGAAGGAAGGGACAUCCCUAUCGUACACAGAGUUCUGAAAGUUCAUGAAAAAGAGGACGGUAAUGUAAGAUUUCUUACCAAGGGAGAUAACAAUUCCGUAGACGACCGAGGACUAUACGCCCCAGGUCAACUCUGGCUAGAGAAAAAAGAUGUAGUAGGUCGGGCUCGAGGAUAUGUACCGUAUGUGGGAAUAGUGACGAUACUGAUGAAUGACUAUCCAAAGUUUAAGUAUGCCAUUCUUGCCUGUUUAGGACUCUUUGUUCUCAUUCAUCGAGAAUGAGUUCAUCAAAGGGAGGUUACUCAUUGUUCACAGCGAGGAAGUUAAAAUCAGUGUGGUGUUGCUUACAUUGGUGUAUGUUGUCAAGGAGAAGCGAGGACGAUCUGGCACUGUCAAAAACUGUUCAUGCUGCAACACAAAGUUUGGUGCCACUACUCUGGCAUUUAAUCAUUUAAACACAUAACAUGAUAAUAUGGAGACGUUUGUUGGACACAUGCCUCAGUGUCAGAUAAUGAAGAUAAACCAGUGCAGCAUUUGUUAUUGUCCUCGGCAACAUGUGGAGAUGGGGUGUAAAGGUGUACGCAAGGGGGGUGUUUCUAUGGUAACGAUGAGAAUGUUUGUGAGAGGCGGGCGUAUGAUCAGUUUGAAUGUCAUGGUGAUUGGGUAAGGUACUUUAUAUUUGAAUAAUUUGAUUCCAUGUGUGUUUCCAUGGUAACUGGGUGGAUGAACGUGUUGUUAUAUUUUAUAUGUAUGUUGUCGUGGUGAUUGAGUGAAUAAAAGUGCUGAUGUACAUAUCUGUAUAUUUGACAAGGUACUUCGACAUGAAUAGAAUGAUUUUAUUUAAAAUUCAUUUAUUGUUGCUAUUGUAAACAAUGAAUAAUCAUGGUUUUGGAAUUAUUUUUUUUAUAUAUUCAUAUGUACCAGUAAGUGUCAAAAGACAACUCACCGCUGUGUGUGAGGGGUGGGAGGUAUUUUUUCCGAGACCCCACCAAACAAAUAUUAAAACAUAUUAAACAUACAAAUAUUAAAUUCUAGGAAAUUGGGGGUUCAUCCCCACCUCCCAUCAAAUUUUCAUGCCAAUGCCUCCAACUCUUCCCACACAGAUAAUUCUGAAAUAUCCCUAGACUUUGAGUUGAAAUUCAGACAUUACUAAAAUAUGAAACAUUUACUGAAAAAACAGGAUAUAAUUCCAAGAUAUUGAAUUGUAUAUCAUUAUUAUAUUUCAAUGUAUUUUCAAUGUUCUAAAGAACAUUUUAUCAAGAAUUAAUGAUAAGAUUUUAAAACUAUUCCUAUACAUCGGAAACCCAAAGUCACACUUUCCUUCCAAUAAAUAGUUUUUAAUUUGCAAAGACAAAAGUGCUGUUUUUAUGUCAAUAAGUCUUCGCAAAUUAUGAAUGGUUUUCAUCAAAUUAAUUUCAGAUUGUGUAAAACGAGUAAUUUUUACAUGAAAACAAAUGAAAUGAAAAAAACAGUUAAUUGGAAUCAAUAUUUAAAGAUUUCUUAUGAAAUUGUCACCAUGGUAACCACAGGACGAGAAAAAUCCUGGGUGCGACGGCCCAGGGCCAGCAGAAUUGGUCUAUGGGCAAGUAAAUAUUGGUGGAAGACUAUAUGCCCAAUAGGCAAUUGCAAAAUUUCUUGUGAUCUUUACCUUUUCCUUCGAGUAUUUUAACCAAAGGAUCAUUGAUGCUGAUUUUUCUUGCCCUGAACGAAAGACAAUAUUGUAGAUCGUUUUAUAGGCAACAUGACAGUAAAUAUUCAUUCAUUCUAUUUUGUCUUAGAUCUUUUUCCAUUUAUAAUGCUCGGAUCAUUAGUGUGAACAUUGGUGAUGCUGACAUUGUGUUUAUCAUUAUAAAUCACAGAUCAUAAAUGUAGUAAUUAUUUUUUUAGUGCAAUACCUUGCUAGUGUAGGUCAUAUCAAUCUAACCCAGAUUAAAUCGUAGUCCCUUCUACUUGUUAAGUAGUGGACCGAAUCACACCCUGAGAAAGAUUAAGGCUAGAUAUGAAUUUUAGGAUAAAAUAUUUGAGUGUUACAGUAUUUCAAUCAAGUGUCAAAGUUUUUGUUUAGAUGUGGAUUUUUUAUUUUAUUUUUUUCCUUGCGUAAAAGUAGAUCUUUAUGCUGGUAUGUUAUAUUUAAAGGGUUAUCUCCCUUAUCAUACUUUUCAGUCAAUUACAUUUUAGGUAAGUCAUGAUUAUAAAUCAUUAUGAAGUUUCAUUGUUGUGAUUGAAGUUGUAAAUCUGUUUUGGAUGUGUGGUCUCCAUUCUCUAAUUAUCAAACAAACAAAAUAAAAUUUCCUUUAAUCAAAGAA